CGGCGGCGGCAGGAGGGGCCCUGCGAGCGGCCGCCGAGCCCGGUACCAGGCCGAAGUGAGGACAAUUCACCAAGCGGCCCGCCAAGCCGGGCACGGCGGCCGGGCGCGGCAGAGCGUCUCGGAGGCGGUGCGCAGGCUCGCUGCUGCUGGAAAAAAUCAAAGUGGUUGAACCCCUGGACUACGAGAAUGUGGUCCAGCAAAGGAAAGCCCAGAUCUACAGUGAUCCUCUCCGCGAUCUGCUCAUGUUUCCAAUGGAGGAUGUGUCUAUCUCAGUGAUAGGUCGCCAGCAGAGGACUGUCCAGUCUACGGUGCCAGAAGACGCUCAAAGGAAGGCUCAGAAUCUCUUUGUCAGAGAGUGCAUUAAAACGUACCACUCAGACUGGCAUGUGGUGAACUAUAAAUAUGAAGAAUACUCGGGUGACUUCCGGAUGUUGCCGUGCAAAUCCUUUAGACCGGAGAAGAUUCCAAACCAUAUAUUUGAGAUUGAUGAAGACAUUGAGAAGGAUGAGGACUCUUCCUCGUUGUGCUCUCAGAAGGGUGGAAUCAUCAAACAAGGCUGGCUGUACAAAGCAAAUGUCAAUAGUACAAUCACUGUUACCAUGAAGGUAUUCAAGAGACAGUAUUUUUACCUCACGCAACUGCCGGAUGGUUCCUAUAUUCUGAAUUCCUAUAAAGACGAGAAAAUUUCAAAAGAAUCCAAAGGCUGCAUCUUCUUGGACGCUUGCAUUGACGUUGUUCAGUGCCCCAAAAUGCGCCGCUAUGCAUUUGAACUCAAGAUGCUAGAUAAGUACAGCCACUAUCUGGCAGCUGAAAGUGAACAAGAAAUGGAGGAGUGGCUGGUAACUCUGAAAAAGAUCAUUCAGAUCAAUACGGAGAGUUUGGUACAAGAGAGGAAAGACACAGUGGAGUCUGUACAAGAUGUUGACUCGAGCAGCCAAGGGAAAUCGGAAAACAUCCUGGAGAGCUUGGAGAGAAGCAUGCAUCCUAAGCUGAUGAAGUAUGGAAGAGAAACUGAACAGCUGAAUAAAAUAAGCGGAAAUGAUGGACGACAAAACCUCUUUUCCUUUGCCUCGGAAGUCCAGAGGCUGGACUUCUCUGGAAUUGAGCCUGAUGUAAAGCCCUUUGAGGAAAAGUGCAGCAGGCGCUUUUUGGUGAACUGUCAUGAUUUAACCUUCAACCUCCUGGCUCACGUCUGUGACCGAUCCGAGGGCUCCCCCACAAACGUCGAGCCUUUUUUCAUCAGCCUGGCAUUGUUUGACGUAAAAAACAGUUGCAAGAUUUCAGCUGACUUCCAUGUCGACUUGAAUCCUCCCUCGGUCCGUGAAAUGCUCCUGGACAGCUCCACCCAAGCAACUGGUGACAGUCACCCCAAGGGGACUUCGACCAAUGAGCACCUCAUUCACGGAAUUCCUGAAUCUCACCUGCGCUACAUAAAGCAGGGAGUUUUCUCCGUGGCAAACCCCCAUGUGGAGAUAUUUCUUGUUGCCCGUGUGGAGAAAGUGUUGCAAGGCAGCAUUACACACUGUGCGGACCCGUACAUCAAGAACUCCGACCCGGAGAAGGUACCAGAUAAGACUGCCCAGAAGGUUCAUAAGUUGGCUAAGCAGGUGUGUAGUCGGCUUGGGCAGUACAGGAUGCCCUUUGCUUGGGCUGCCAGGCCAGUUUUCAAAGACUCUCAAGGUACUCUGGAUCUUGAUGGGAAAUUCUCUCCUCUCUAUAGACAAGACAGUGGCAAACUCUCUAGUGAGGAUCUGCUGAAGCUGCUGGCAGAGUUUAGGAAGCCAGAGAAGACAAAACUCCAGGUUAUCCCAGGCCACUUAAAUAUCACUAUCGAGUGCAUCCCUCUGGAAUUCUCAAAUUGUGUUACUGCCUCUUACAUCCCUAUAAAGCCUUUUGAAAAGGGCCAUGAGAACAUCACCGUUGAGGUGGAGGAGUUUGUCCCAGACGUGGCGAAAUACUGUUAUCCCUUCACUAUUUACAAAAAUCAUCUCUACGUGUACCUCUUGCAUUUAAAAUAUGACAACCAGAAAACAUUUGCAAAGGCAAGGAAUAUUGUGGUCUGCAUGGAAUUCAAGGACUCAGAUGAAGCUGAUGCCCAAGCUUUGAAGUGUAUCUAUGGCAAGCCUGGAGGACCCCUCCUGACAACAAAUGCCUAUGCCAUUGUGUUGCAUCAUAACCAAAGUCCAGAAUUCUACGAUGAGAUUAAAAUUGAGCUUCCAAUUCAUCUCCAUCAAAAGCAUCAUUUGCUCUUCACCUUCUAUCAUGUCAGCUGUGAAAUUAACACCAAGGCAUCAAUGAAAAAACAGGACUCCAUUGAAACUCCAGUGGGAUUUGCCUGGCUCCCUUUGCUGAAGGAUGGUCGAAUUAUCACCUUUGAGCAGCAUUUACCCGUUUCAGCCAAUCUUCCACCGGGCUACCUGAGCCUUGGGGACAUGGAGUUGCGCAGGCAGCCGAACGUUGAUGUUAAAUGGGUCGAUGGAGCAAAGCCACUGUUGAAGAUCAAAAUCCACUUGGAGUCAACCAUUUACACCCAGGACUUGCACCUGCACAAAUUCUUCCAGUACUGCCAGCUGGUUCAGGCAGGAGCUAAAGAAGUUCCAGGAGAGCUUGUUAAAUAUCUAAAGUGUUUGCACGCCAUGGAGAGCCAAGUGAUGAUCCAGUUUCUACCAGUAAUUCUUAUGCAACUGUUCAGAGUCCUCACAAAUGUGAGCCAGGAGGAUGAAGUAGCUGUCAACUGCACCAUGGUUCUUCUCCACAUCGUGUCCAAGUGCCAUGAGGAAGGUCUAGAUCAUUACUUACGGUCCUUCAUAAAGUACGGCUUCCGUGCAGAGAGACCCAGCACCUCACAGGCGAAGACGACCCAUGAAAUCCUGGCCAUCACAAUGGUCACAGUGCUAAAGCAGUCGGUAGAUUUUCUAGCCAUCAAUAAGCUGCUCAAGUACUCCUGGUUUUUCUUUGAAGCACUGGCAAAGUCAAUGGCAAUGUACCUGUUAGAGGAAAACAAAAUCAAGCUUCCCAGAGCCCAGCGGUUUCCUGAACCCUACCAUCGGGUUUUACAGUCACUGCUUCUUGCCCUAAUUCCCCACGUGACUAUUCGCUACAGUGAAAUCCCCGAGGAGUCAAGGAGUGUCAGCUUUAGCUUGGCCAGCUUCCUGAAGCGCUGCUUGACAUUUAUGGACAGAGGGUUUAUUUUUAACUUGAUAAAUGACUACAUUUCUGGAUUCAGCCGCAAAGACCCUAAGAUACUGGUUGAAUUCAAGUUUGAAUUUCUGCAAACAAUUUGCAAUCACGAGCAUUACAUUCCUUUAAAUUUACCUAUGACCUUUGCCAAACCAAAACUUCAGAGAGUUCAAGAUGUAAAUCUUGAAUACAAUUUAACCGAUGAGUAUUGCAGGCAUCACUUCUUGGUGGGGAUGCUACUGAGGGAAACCGCUCUUGCUCUGCAGGACAAUUACGAUAUCAGAUUUACAGCCAUCACUGUGUUAAAGAAUCUGUUAAUAAAGCAUGCGUUUGACAAUAGAUACCAGCAUAAGAACCAGCAGGCGAAAAUAGCCCAGCUGUAUCUGCCACUGGUUGCACUGCUCCUAGAGAAUAUCCAGCGAGUGGCUGGCCGGGACACCCUAUACUCCUGCACAGCCAUGUCUAAUUCUGCAUCCAGAGAGGAGUUUUUGUGUAAUUUUACAUCCCCUUCAAACAGAUCGAGUCUGAUUGUGGAGAAAGAUACAGGCUAUGGUACGGUACUUCCGAACGGCCACAGUAUGAAAAGAGAGGACUCGAAAGGAUCUCUGAGUUCAGAAGGGGCAACGGGUUCUCCUGAUCAGUACAACACCGGGGAAAAUAGCCGGAGAAGUUCCACGAGGAGUAACGUGUCCCAUCACAGUAGGCUGGACCAGUAUGAGAUCAGGAGUCUCCUAAUGUGCUACCUCUAUGUCAUUAAAAUGGUCUCUGAAGAUACACUUCUCACCUAUUGGAACAAAAUAUCAUCCCAUGAGCUGAUAAAUGUCCUCGUACUUCUGGAAGUCUGUUUAUUCCACUUCAGAUAUGCAGGGAAGAGAAAUAUAGCCAGGGUUCACGAUGCCUGGUUAUCAAAGCAUGUCGGAGUUGACAGGAAGUCACAGACAAUGCCUGCCCUUCGCAGCAGAGCUGGCCUCAUGCAGGCCCGGCUACAGCACCUGACCAGCUUGGAAAGUUCAUUUACGCUCAAUCACAAUGCUGGCACCUCAGAAGCAGACAUUGUGCACCAGGCCUUACUGGAAGGCAAUACGGCCACAGAAGUUUCCCUAACAGUCCUGGACACCAUUUCUUUUUUCAUCCAGUGUUUCAAGAAUCAGCUCUUAAACAACGACGGCCAUAAUCCACUCAUGAAAAAGGUUUUUGAUAUUCAUCUCGCCUUUCUCAAAAACGGGCAGUCAGAAGCAGCUCUGAAGCAUGUCUUCGCUUCCCUGAGAGCUUUCAUUAGCAAGUUUCCCUCAGCAUUUUUCAAAGGAAGGGUGACCAUGUGUGCAGCCUUGUGCUAUGAGGUCCUGAAGUGCUGCACCUCGAAGCUAGCCUCCACCAGGAAUGAGGCAUCGGCACUCCUGUAUCUUUUGAUGAGGAACAACUUUGAGUUCACUAAAAGGAAAACCUUUCUGAGAACACACCUGCAGAUAAUAAUUGCAGUGAGCCAGUUAAUAGCAGAUGUGGCACUAAAUGGAGGAUCGAGGUUCCAGGAGUCAUUAUUCAUCAUUAAUAACUUUGCAAACAGUGACAGGCCUAUGAAGGCAACUGCUUUCCCCUCAGAAGUCAAAGAUUUGACCAAAAGAAUCCGUACUGUGCUUAUGGCUACCGCUCAAAUGAAAGAACACGAAAAGGACCCUGAAAUGUUGAUCGAUUUACAGUACAGCUUAGCCAAGUCCUAUGCUAGUACCCCAGAGCUCAGGAAAACGUGGCUGGACAGCAUGGCAAAGAUCCAUGUCAAAAAUGGAGAUUUUUCAGAGGCUGCCAUGUGUUAUGUCCAUGUAGCAGCCCUUGUUGCAGAGUUUCUUCACAGAAAAAAAUUGUUCCCUAAUGGAUGCUCAGCCUUUGGGAAAAUUACGCCCAAUAUUAAUGAAGAGGAAGCAAUGAAAGAAGAUGCUGGGAUGAUGGAUGUUCACUACAGCGAGGAAGUCCUAGUGGAGCUGCUGGAACAAUGUGUAGAUGGCCUGUGGAAGGCAGAACGUUACGAAACGAUUUCAGAGGUUUCCAAACUGAUCAUUCCAAUUUAUGAAAAGCGCCAUGAGUUUGAGAAACUUACUCAGUUGUACAGAACACUUCACGGAGCUUACACUAAAAUAUUGGAGGUGAUGCACACAAGAAAAAGACUUCUAGGAACCUUUUUCCGAGUGGCCUUUUAUGGACAAACUUUCUUUGAAGAAGAGGAUGGCAAGGAAUACAUCUAUAAGGAACCCAAGCUGACGGGCCUGUCGGAGAUCAACCUGAGACUUCUUAAACUUUAUGGAGAAAAAUUUGGAGCAGAGAAUGUAAAAAUUAUCCAAGAUUCAAAUAAGGUCAAUGUCAAAGAUCUUGAUUCCAAAUAUGCUCAUAUUCAAGUGACUUAUGUGAAGCCCUACUUUGAAGACAAAGAGCUCUCUGAAAGAAAGACUGAGUUUGAAAGAAAUCACAACAUUCGCAGAUUUGUGUUUGAAUCUCCUUAUACCUUAUCUGGGAAAAAACAUGGCUCUGUGGAAGAGCAGUGCAAAAGACGGACUAUUCUAACUACUUCAAACUCGUUUCCAUAUGUGAAGAAGAGAAUUCCAGUAAAUAACGAACAACAGGUUAAUCUCAAGCCCAUUGAUGUUGCUACUGAUGAGAUAAAAGACAAGACAGCAGAGCUGCAAAAACUCUGCUCUUCCAAUGAGGUUGACAUGAUCCAGCUGCAGCUCAAGUUGCAGGGUUGUGUUUCUGUACAGGUUAAUGCUGGUCCGCUGGCCUAUGCUAGAGCUUUCCUGAAUGACAAUCAGUCCAGCAAAUAUCCCCCUAAGAAGGUGAAUGAGUUAAAAGAAAUGUUCAGGAAAUUUAUACAGGCCUGUGGACUUGCUCUGGAACUCAAUGAGCAGCUCAUUAAGGAAGACCAAGUAGAGUACCAUGAAGGACUAAAAUCAAACUUCAGAGACAUGGUGAAAGAGCUUUCCGACAUCAUCCAUGAACAGAUGUACCAAGAAGAUACUAUGCAUUCUCCCUGGAUGCACGACUCCUUACAUGUUUUUUGCGCCAUCAGUGGAACAUCUGGUGAAGGAGGUUAUGGCUCGCUUAGAUCCACUGCCGAAAUAUAAAGAGAUUUAGAAGUAAAAGUGACACUUUACAGAUAUUUCUCAGGAAUACUUGGAGCUGUGCAAAGUUUGUUAAAAUUCAAAUGAGUGACUAGUAUACAUUCAGUAUUUUUCCCCCCCCAAAUUAACAUGCUUUCAAACAGUGUUCUCGCUUAUUUUGCUGAGCAACAUUGAAAGUGCCCGGACAAUUGCAGCACUGUGCUUGUUUUGUACUUUUUUAGUUAAAUAUAUACAGUACACUGAAAGGCAUUUAUCAAAGUAUGUACUGAAUUGCUUAAUUAUGAGUUGAAAUUGUAAUGGUAGACUGUAAAGUUGUAAUAUGGAAUAUAAUAAAGUGUAAAACCACUUUGUAAGUAGAAAGUGGAGUACAGCAUAUAGAAAUUACCCCUCUGCAAUAUUUGUUGCUAUAUUCCCAGUCUCUCGUGCGCAUGGGGUAUGCAGGUUGGUGUGGAAGUCAGCCUGUCCUCGGAACACUUGUGAGCAGGAGUGGUGGUGCCAGUCAUGUGAAAACGUUUUCACUGCCCCAUCCCACAGCAGUCAAGCCUCCAAUAUAUUUUUAAAAGGCUGAAUGGUAUGGUGGUACAGCACUUCCUAGAAGCUGGUACCUAGGGCAACAGCCCUGCUCACCCAUCCCUAGAAAUGUCCCUGCUCCGGAGAGAUCCUGUCUUGCUAGAAAGUGAUUUAGGCUGUAUAUGCUACUUAUGCACCAAUAGGCAUUACUAUACAAUAGCUAUAUUUACUUAGUUUGAAUCCUGCAUAGAUCACAUUUAACACCUAAUGCAGACACCACAUAGUCCACGAAUAGACGGUCUGUCAGGUGAAUUGGGAAUCCUCGUUGAGCCUCUGGGAGACUUACCUCAGCUGGCUUUUUGCCUCUCUUACACUGUCUGCUUGAGAAACGGUCAUUAUGACUAAGCAAGAUCUCUGAUAAUACAAUCCUUUGUUUAUAUAACUCUUCCUCUUUAUCAUUCAUGGGAUAGAAGCUGAAUAAACCUUGAGAGAUCCUG